AUGCAAGACGCUGUCUACAACGUCGACCAAUCAGAUCAAAAGCUUAGCAGGAAAACAGACAAAAGGAGAAAUAUCAAUCAAACUUCAGCUCCAGUCCACAAGGGAACAAGAGGGAAGAGGCACCGACUUCACAGAGGCAGACAGAGCCUGAGAGACUACUCCGAAAAGAUAUCUGGCUAUGUGUGGAUUAGGCCUGAGUCAGAAACAAAGUUCCAAUUGAGAAAAGAUCAGUUUGAAGAAGAGACCAUAGACCAAGAAACUGCUGAACAAGCAGAAGAGAAGUUUCUCAGAGGAGCACCACCUGAAUGGUUAAACUUUCACAUCAGUGAUCUGGCUGAGUCAAAUGGCACGGGAUCUUCACUCAUCAAAAGAGAUGGGUAUAAGAGACUUGUGCAGCAGAUUCACAAACGGAAAAACUACAUCGGAACACCAACAGUUAAACUGCUUCACCAGCAAGGAUGUGGGGGAACCACACUGGCCAUGCAAUUAUUAUGGGACAUGAGAAAAACCCUCAGAAGUGCUGUCUUAAUGGGUUCCCCUCUAGAGUGCACAAAGAUUGCAAAGGAAGUUGUUCACCUUUUUACAGGAGGCGGCAAAGAUGACCUCAACACUGUGCUGCUCUUGAUCAAUGAAGAGUUUGUUUUGGAGCACCUUCAAGACAGCAUCAUGACAGAGAUUGAAGAACAGCAGAUAGACGUUGAUAUUCCUGUGGUAAUUUUAUUCAUCUGCGUGAGAAGUGACCACGCCGUCCUCAAAGCCGAACACUACAGAGAACAAGAGGGGUUCAUGAAGGGUCAUGACACUGACUACGUUCUCCUCAAAAGAACCCUCUCAGAUACUGAAAAGGAAGAACUGAAUACCAAAAAGGAAGAGCUCAGCCAAAAAUAUGGAGCCAAAGCAUCCCAGUUCCAUGGUUUCAACAUACUACACAGUAAUUUCUCACAGGAUUAUAUACAAGAAGCAUGUGCUGUCCUUAACACGGUUGAAAGAAAAAGGAAACCCUUGAAGACCCAACUUUUGUCCUUCCUGUCCUUGCUGAAUGCCUAUGUACCAGGCUCCUAUCUACUAGAGUCUGACUGCUCAGACUUCCUCAAACAUGACCACUCCCUGCAGGGUGACCUUUCACUUUUGAUCCCUUUCAAUCAUCUCAUUAUCUCUUUUCAACAUGACAAAAGGUGUGAGAAAAGAAUCCGGAUGGCUCAUCCAAUGAUUGCAAAGUAUUGCACUGAACUAUUGGCUAUUGCAGGAGUGGCCAGAAGUGACACGGCAAGAGACUUCUUGCUCCGAUUUUGUCCAGAUGAGGUUUCUCCAUGUUUGCUUGGCUUCAUCAAGGACUUGCUGACAAAACGAGAGCACAAAAAGGAUGGAUCAAUCGAAGAUUCGGAUAUGGAGAAAUUUUCUACUCUGAUUUUAAACAUUAACGAGGUAGAAGACAAAAACCAGAGUGCAUCGGUUCUCAAGGUGGCAUCAAAGAAGUUUGAUAAGAACUCUUUGUUCCCCCAGGCACUUGCUAGGCUUUAUUAUGGAGAACUUGAAGACUUCAAAGAGGCUGAAUUUUGGGCAAAAAAGGCAAUAGAACGAGACCCCAAAAAAUCCUUCAUUGCCGACACGUUGGGCCAAGUUCAUAAAAACCAUCUGAGGAACAAAAGGCUUUCAAUUGAACCAAGAGAACUGUUGCAGCUGGCCCAGAAGGCCAUUGAAGCUUUUGAGCAUGAAGAAAAACUUGCCGAAGAAGAACACAGGAAAAGUUUGACAGAAGAUGAGAAAUCUAAAGUCCUGUGGGGUUUAAACACCACAGGGCAGUUUGGUUUCCUGCAGGUCUGUAACAUUCUCUUUGACCUACUCGUCAUCCAAAAUGAGACUUGGAAGGAAGUGCUUACAAAGAAUGUGCCGAUGGGCUCAGUCCUGGAAUCACUUGGAGACAACAAACUCUUUAGGUACAGGGACCUCGUAGAGAAUCUCCGGGAGAAAGUUGAGAAAAAAAUGGAAUUCUUUGACAACUUUCUCACUUAUUCACAGUCUGUCCUGAGAAAGGACAAAGCUUAUGUUUCUAGAGAAGCUUCAGCAUGCUACAAAAAGUAUGUUGGAGACUCUGUCCCUGAACACAAUGAUAGACUCCAACAGACUUUCCAGAAACUGAAGCAGAAACUGGCCAUCACCUCUGCUGGGGUCCUCUCAUGUCUAGACCGAACAUGCACCUCACACAUUGAGUAUAUCAUUGAGUGGUGGAGGGAAAUUUCACAAGGAAAUAAUUCCACUACUGAUGCUUUUGUCAACUUUAUCCUUGCGCAGAUCAUGCUUUCAAACAAAAACAAGGCUGUAUCCAGUUCUGAUUAUAAAAGUGCUUUAAAACUAAAAAAGCCACCGUCCUCUGUCACACAAGCAGAGUAUCACCUUCUAUGUCUGCUUCUGUCUUGGCCUACAAAUGAUGACGACAAACCAGUUCCCCAUCUCUAUCAGUUAAUAAAAAAUGCAAGUCAUGCUUAUGAGCGAGAAUACAAGACGAUGUUUCGAUCAAGAUACCUCCGACCUCUGUUUUUUCUUGGACCGGGCAUAAGCUUGAAGAGAUUUGUUCACCGACGGGUUCUUGAGAUCUUGUGGACCAAAGAUGCGCUACAAGAAUCAAACACAAACUGGAAGAAUGAGAGUAUCUUCAGAGAUUCCAUAGUUGAAGAACGUCUUCUCAAAGUUGAAGGAGUGGUGCGAAACUACAGAGUCUAUGCAAGGUUCAGAGGCACUGAAGUUGAGGUAGAUGCAAACCGAAGGGACUGUCUCUGCAGAUCAGGUCAUGUCUCCUUCUACCUGGGAUUUACCAUCAAAGGUCCAGUAGCCUUCAGCAUUCGGAGAAAAUUACUGGUCACCGAUGGGGACCAGACAAUUAAAACCCCUGAUCACGCAGAAGCAAGCAGCAAUGGAUUGACUGAAACAGGAAAGAAGCAACGUGCUGAUGUGGCCUAGUUAAAGACCAGAGAUGAGACUGAAAGAACUGCUGUGGGGACAAAGUCCAAGAUCUGCGGAUGAGUGGACACAAAGUUAGAAAGAAGAACUUUCUAAGCUCUUCUUUUUGUAAUGGUGAAAUAAAUUUCACCAUUACUUUACAUGACACUACGAUGACGUCUCUUAAAGGUGGUUAUGUGA